CGGAAGUUGCGUCGUUGGAGCGCGUCAGCAUCGGUUGAAAUGGCUGGUUUGAUCAAGAAGACCACAGGCUUGGUUGGCCUCGCUGUCUCCCACAAUCCACAUGAGCGUCUUCGGAUUCUGUACACAAAGAUUCUGGGCGCUCUACAAACUAUGCCUCAGGAUGCUGCCUACAGGAAAUACACAGAGCAGCUGAUCAAUGAGAGGCUCAACCACGUCAAAGUUGAACCAGACGUAGAAAAGCUUGAAAAAAAAAUCAGCUGUGGACAGAUUGAGGAGGUUAUUGCACAGGCCGAGGCUGAGCUGGCUCUGUCCAGGAAGAUGACCGAAUGGAAACCGUGGGAACCUCUCGUAGAGGAAGCACCGGUGAACCAGUGGAAAUGGCCCAUCUGAAGUCCUCAUGAUGUUUAUGUACAUAUAUCAUGUUUAUAUUAAAUACUAAAUAAAUAAACACUGUCCAUUUA